GGGUUUCACCGUGUUAGCCAGGAUGGUCUCGAUCUCCUGACCUCGUGAUCCACCCGCCUCAGCCUCCCAAAGUGCUGGGAUUACAGGCGUGAGCCACUGUGCCCGGCCAAGGUAAUUCAUUAUUGAGAAAGCAAUUUAUGCUAGUUAAGAGAAGGCCUAUAAUGAGGCAAGAAUUCUGCUUACAAAGGUAAAGUAAUUUAAGCAAAAGCUAAAAUUUAAAAGUUUGAUAGUAGUCAAUAAAAAUUAAAGAAGGUAUACAUAGGAAUCUUUGAAAUUAGGUCAAAAACAAUACAUUGGCUCUCUUUUUCUUAUAACAAAAACCAAGUUCACUGAAAGUAAUUUAUUUCUUUUUAUGGAACUACAUUGCGCAUUAUAUGAGUUCAAUCUUGCCAUCAACAGAUUUAUUAGGCUUUGUUUUGAAAAGUUGCUUUUCUUUUUCUUCUUUGGACUUUUCAAAAGCAGAAGCUUCCCUGACAUGCUCAGUGUGGUAUUUGCUGAUGCGUGCGUGUGUGUGGUUUUAAUUUUUAGGUUUGUUUCCCCUCAACCUUUUCUUUGAGUUAAUGUGAAUCACAGCUGUAUUUUUCAUUCCUGAGCGCUGUGAUUCAUUGCCAUUGACUUCCUCCGGAGCCCACUACACCACAGAGUCCUGUGGGAAACUGAUUAGUCACUGCCGAGCAAGGUACCUUGCAUGCCGUGGUCAGCAUCAGCUCAAACAACCGUCUUUGGGCAACGAUGAAAGUUGCUGUAGCGUCUUCCUUUCGGAGUCCCCGGCGUGCGGUGGAGCCUCGCUGGGGGAAAUGUCAGCUUGGACCAUGGGCGCCCGCGGUCUGGACAAGCGAGGAAGUUUCUUUAAGCAUGGUAAGACACAAGGAUGGUGGCUAUUCCGAGGAAGAGGACGUGAAGACCUGUGCCCGGGACUCAGGCUAUGACAGCCUCUCCAACAGGCUCAGCAUCUUGGACCGGCUCCUCCACACCCACCCCAUAUGGCUGCAGUUGAGUCUGAGUGAGGAGGAGGCAGCAGAGGUCCUGCAGGCCCAGCCUCCAGGGAUCUUCCUGGUUCAUAAAUCUACCAAAAUGCAGAAGAAAGUCCUCUCCCUCCGCCUGCCCUGUGAAUUUGGGGCCCCACUCAAGGAAUUUGCCAUAAAGGAAAGCACAUACACCUUUUCCCUGGAAGGCUCAGGAAUCAGUUUUGCAGAUUUAUUCCGGCUCAUUGCUUUCUACUGCAUCAGCAGGGAUGUUCUGCCAUUUACCUUGAAGUUGCCUUAUGCCAUUUCAACAGCCAAGUCGGAGGCUCAGCUUGAAGAACUGGCCCAGAUGGGACUAAAUUUCUGGAGCUCCCCAGCUGACAGCAAACCCCCGAACCCUCCACCUCCCCACAGGCCUCUCUCCUCCGACGGUGUCUGUCCUGCCUCCCUGCGUCAGCUCUGCCUUAUAAAUGGAGUGCAUUCUAUCAAAACCAGGACGCCUUCAGAGCUGGAGUGCAGCCAGACCAACGGGGCCCUGUGCUUUAUUAAUCCCCUUUUCUUGAAAGUGCACAGCCAGGACCUCAGUGGAGGCCUGAAACGGCCGAGCACAAGGACUCCCAACGCGAAUGGCACGGAGCGGACUCGGUCCCCCCCACCCAGGCCCCCGCCACCCGCUAUUAAUAGUCUCCACACAAGCCCUCGGCUGGCCAGGACUGAAACCCAGACGAGCAUGCCAGAAACAGUCAACCAUAACAAACAUGGGAACGUAGCUCUGCCUGGAACGAAACCAACUCCCAUCCCUCCACCCAGGCUGAAGAAGCAGGCUUCUUUUCUGGAAGCAGAGGGCGGCGCAAAGACCUUGAGCAGAGGCCGGCCGGGCGCAGGCCCGGAGCUGGAGCUGGGCACAGCUGGCAGCCCAGGUGGGGCCCCGCCUGAGGCCACCCUGGGGGAUUGCACAAGGGCCCCGCCGCCCAGCUCUGAAUCACGGCCCCCGUGCCAUGGAGGCCGGCAGCGGCUGAGCGACAUGAGCAUUUCUACUUCCUCCUCCGACUCGCUGGAGUUCGACCGGAGCAUGCCUCUGUUUGGCUACGAGGCGGAUACCAACAGCAGCCUGGAGGACUACGACGGGGAGAGUGACCAAGAGACCAUGGCGCCCCCCAUCAAGUCCAAAAAGAAAAGGAGCAGCUCCUUCGUGCUGCCCAAGCUCGUCAAGUCCCAGCUGCAGAAGGUGAGCGGGGUGUUCAGCUCCUUCAUGACCCCGGAGAAGCGGAUGGUCCGCAGGAUCGCCGAGCUUUCUCGGGACAAAUGCACCUACUUCGGGUGCUUAGUGCAGGACUAUGUGAGCUUCCUGCAGGAGAACAAGGAGUGCCACGUGUCCAGCACCGACAUGCUGCAGACCAUCCGGCAGUUCAUGACCCAGGUCAAGAACUAUUUGUCUCAGAGCUCGGAGCUGGACCCCCCCAUCGAGUCGCUGAUCCCUGAAGACCAAAUAGAUGUGGUGCUGGAAAAAGCCAUGCACAAGUGCAUCUUGAAGCCCCUCAAGGGGCACGUGGAGGCCAUGCUGAAGGACUUUCACAUGGCCGACGGCUCAUGGAAGCAACUCAAGGAGAACCUGCAGCUUGUGCGGCAGAGGAAUCCACAGGAGCUGGGGGUCUUCGCCCCGACCCCUGAUUUUGUGGAUGUGGAGAAAAUCAAAGUCAAGUUCAUGACCAUGCAGAAGAUGUAUUCGCCAGAAAAGAAGGUCAUGCUGCUGUUGCGGGUCUGCAAGCUCAUUUACACGGUCAUGGAGAACAACUCAGGGAGGAUGUACGGCGCUGAUGACUUCUUGCCAGUCCUGACCUAUGUCAUAGCCCAGUGUGACAUGCUUGAAUUGGACACUGAAAUCGAGUACAUGAUGGAGCUCCUAGACCCAUCGCUGUUACAUGGAGAAGGAGGCUAUUACUUGACAAGCGCAUAUGGAGCACUUUCUUUGAUAAAGAAUUUCCAAGAAGAACAAGCAGCGCGACUGCUCAGCUCAGAAACCAGAGACACCCUGAGGCAGUGGCACAAACGGAGAACCACCAACCGGACCAUUCCCUCUGUGGACGACUUCCAGAAUUACCUCCGAGUUGCAUUUCAGGAGGUCAACAGUGGUUGCACAGGAAAGACCCUCCUUGUGAGACCUUACAUCACCACUGAGGAUGUGUGUCAGAUCUGCGCUGAGAAGUUCAAGGUGGGGGACCCUGAGGAGUACAGCCUCUUUCUCUUCGUUGACGAGACAUGGCAGCAGCUGGCAGAGGACACUUACCCUCAAAAAAUCAAGGCGGAGCUGCACAGCCGACCACAGCCCCACAUCUUCCACUUUGUCUACAAACGCAUCAAGAACGAUCCUUAUGGCGUCAUUUUCCAGAACGGGGAAGAAGACCUCACCACCUCCUAGAAGACAGGCGGGACUUCCCAGUGGUGCAUCCAAAGGGGAGCUGGAAGCCUUGCCUUCCCGCUUCUACGUUCUUGAGCUUGAAAGGCAGUCACCUCCUCGGGGACCCCUCAGUGUAGUGACUAAACCAUCCACAGGCCAACACGGCCAAGGGCAACUUUAGCCAUGCAAGGUAGCUGAGGUUCGUGAAACAGUAGGAUUCUCUUUUGGCAAUGGAGAAUUGCAUCUGAUGGUUCAAGUGUCCUGAGAUUGUUUGCUACCUACCCCCAGUCAGGUUCUAGGUUGGCUUACAUGUAUGUAUAUGUGCAGAAGAAACACUUAAGAUACAAGUUCUUUUGAAUUCAACAGCAGAUGUUUGCGAUGCAGUGCGUCAGGUGAUUCUCACUCCUGUGGAUGGCUUCAUCCCUUCCUUCCUUUCUUUUUCCUUUUUUUUUUUUUUUUUUUUACAAAGAGCCUUCAUGUUUUUAUAUAUUUCAUAGAAAUUUUUAUAGCAGUUGCAGGUAAACUGUCAGGAUUGGUUUUAAAAUAUUUUUGUAACUUUAAAAUAUUCUAUAAUUAUGCAUGUGAUUUUAACAUUUAAUAUUCAAAAAUAAAUCUCUUGCUGGAUUUGAGAGUAUUGCAUUUUUAAAGUCUCUCUUCUGUAACUGGAUGUUUUGGCAACUUUGUGGGGAGAGACUGCUGGAUUUCUUAAAGCAACGUAUUCCUGACACUGGCCACAGAAUGCCUUUGGAAAUUGGAUGUACUGUUCUCUUGUUCACGUUUAGUGGUGUUUUGCUGUUUUGUUUUUUAAACAAAUGAUGCUGAGAAUAAGGAGAGAAAUGAAUGUAGAGAGAGGUAGAGAGAGAAAUAUGGACUCUAACAAAGGACUGAGGAGUGCAGUCUGCUGGUUCAGGCUCUUCAAAAGAUGUAGAAAAAGAGAUAGAAGGAACCACCCAUGCUUAAAAUACUGUAAAUAUGCAGUGAGGUUUGGCAAAAUCUAUUCAAUGUGUAAUUUGCUUGUAGAAACAAUUUUGAAAGCCCCUUGAGAAUAAAAAUCAAGAAGAACACUUUUCUUCCUUUUCCAUACAAAUUAAAACUUAACAGCAUCAAAUUAUUGGGACCAGAAACCAAGUAAUGUAUAAUGUGGCUUUUGUUGAGUUAAAUAAGAUGCUGUAUAAUGGAGAAGAAUUUGAAAAUGCACAAAAAAAUCAAUCUACAUUAUCAGAACCUGCAGUGAAAUUAAACUUAUGUUAAAUAAAACCAGUUUGCAGGUGCACAAACUAUGAGGGUCUUGUAUCUGUGUAACACAGGUAGUUACAAAAACAUGUUAUUGUACUGUGUAAAGAUGCAUAGUCAUCUAAUAUGGUUGGCUUUGUACCUUGUACCUUUUUUAGCCUUGGCUUUUGUUGAACUAGAACCCUCAGCACAUACUGUGUUGUACUUUUGUAAAUGAUUUUUUAAAUGGAAUUUUGCACAUAAUACAUUGUAAUACUGUAUGAUAAUCAUGUGUGAAAAUAAUUUUUGAAAUAUC